GAACAGGUGCAGACUGCCCGACGAUCAGAAAACUGGCUCCAGCUCGCCGGUCUCUACAGGGCUGCAGCCAACGAAGGCUGCGACGGAUUCCGCAAGGAGGUCUUGGAAGCGCUGCAGGCGCGUCUCAAAGAGUUCGAGGCUGAGUGGGACAAAGCCACCGACAAGGUCAAGAAGAUUCUCAAGGACUUCAAAGUCACCGGUGCGGAAGAUGACGACGUGAAAGCGGUCUUCAAAGAAGUCCUCGGCCGAUGGAAAGAGCGAGAGCUGAUGGGCCGGGCAGAGGUAGAGACCGUCCUUGGCUCGUCGGAGAAAGAUCCGGAAGCAGUCCUCCAGUGCAUCCAGACGACGAUGCGGUGGAAGUGGCCGCAGGUUCAGUCGAGGGCCAUGGCUAUGCUCACCAAACAGGUUGAGGCUGCGCAAGUCGCAGGCGUGGAGGUAGGCGUGGCCGCUCUGGCCAAGAUGCAGCAGAAGGCCCAGGAGUGCCAGGUGGAGCAGGUGAUGCCUCCGGCAGCGGGGAGGAAGAAAAAGGCUCAACCCAGCGUCGGAGAGCAGAUCAAGCAGGCGCUGGAUGGCCUUCUUCAGACAGAGGUUGCCUCCCAGGACCCCACGAGGCUACUCACCUUUGCCCUCUCCGCUUCCAACAGUGGUCUUGCUGGAUUGGCCGCCGAGGCACGUGCCGAAAUGCGAAAGAUCCUGGAGACACUGAAGGAAAGCACGGACACAGAGGGCAUAGCUCGCUUCAAGGCCAUGGCGGAGUCUGCAGGAGACGGGGAAGCCGUGGCCUUGGCCUCGGAAGGUCUGGCCGCCGUGGAGGAACGUGAGCGAAGGGAGCGUGAGAACGAAGAGACCAAGCUGGCAGCUGCAGCCGACAAAUAC